AGCAGGCUGCUGGUGGCCUUUGUAUCUCUCAGUGACCACCGCUGAGGCCUGCCCUGCCGCAGUUGGGCUAGGGCUCUUUUGCCAAGCCACCAUGUCGCAGAGUGGGAGGAGAACCUGCAGUGUUCCUGCAUAGAACUGUACUUCAGCAAUGGGAAUGGGGGCAGUGUCCCAGCCUCUGUCUCUAUUUAUAAUGGUGACAUGGAAAAAAUACUGCUGGAUGCCCAGCAUGAAUCUGGACGAAGUAGCUCCAGGAGUUCUCACUGUGACAGCCCACCUCGCUCCCAGACACCACAAGAUACCAAUAGAGCUGACAUAGACACCCACAGCUUUGGAGAGAAAAACAGCACUCUGUCUGAGGAAGAUUAUAUUGAGAGAAGAAGAGAAGUUGAAAGCAUCUUGAAGAAAAACACAGAUUGGAUAUGGGAUUGGUCAAGUUGGCCAGAAAAUUUCCCCUGCAAGGAGUUCCUUUUUAAACUCCUGAAGAGCACAACUACUCUCAGCAUGAGAAACACAAGUGUCAUGAAGAAGGGAGGCAUUUUCUCAGUGGACUUUCUGAAGGUUUGUCUUCCAUCUCUGUUGCUAUCUCACCUGCUAGCCAUUGGAUUGGGAAUCUACAUUGGAAGGCAUCUGACAACGUCCACUAGCACCUUUUGAUGAAGAACUGGAUCUGACUUUUGUUCACACAGUGAGGAUUCAUGUCUGAGCUGUGACAGAUAACUGAAGAACUAGCAUGAUCCUUGGGUGUCUGCACUACGUGUGUUUAUUUGUUCUAUAAAUGCAGUGUUCCUGAUUUAGUUAGACAGAAUAGACUAAUAUCAUGACCUAUAAUUAUACCUAUGGGAUCAAUUAAUAAGCAUGUCAGACUGAUACCUAUUGUAGCUUUUAUUAGU